GGGUUGUGAAGUCAUAUGUAAGUAAUAAAUAUUCAUUAUAUAGGAUAUCAGAGAUUGAAUCACUAGGUUAAGUUUUGCGUUUCAGGUUGACGACGUCAGCUGCAGAGCCGCCUUGUUACGGCAGGUGGCGCCACAUGGCGACACUUUGCACUGAGAGCCGUUGCUCUAGAGCAAUGUUUGGCGUUCCAGAGAAAAAUGCCGUAAGCGGACGAACAAAAUAAAAUCAACGAUUCUUCAGUGUCUCCGUUUGAAUACCGCGUGGUUUACUAUAGGGGCGCUAUCUAAUUAAUUACCAAAUCCUUCUUUUUUCAAUCUACCUAUACUAGAUUUACUCAAUUUAUAUGAAACGAAAAAUCCACGUUUAGUUCAGCCAUCAAAAAACAUUCAAAUCGGAACGCCCCCCUCCCCGCCGCCUAAAGCUGUUCUAGAACCUAAACUCCAUCAUCACUACUUAACGUCAGUGACGUCACCUCACGUCACUGUGGUAGCACAACAAGAGUUGUAAACAGAUCGUUGCAAGUGACCUUGAAGAGAGGACGUAUUCGUCGCAACUCUCAAGCAUCACCGCGAUUUUUAGAGAAACCUCAAUAAAGAUUUGAACUUUUCUAACCGUUCUUUUUACAGCGCAGUGUUCGAGACCUCAGGGCGUCAGAAGCAAAGCCACUGGGUUGUGACGUUGGUGUUGUACCAGAGACAACCGCCAGGAAGCGUUAUCUAUCAACAUCAGGAUCAAGAUCAACAUCAGCAUGUCUUCCUACACCAACCGUGACACUGAUCCACCCUAGCUGUAGAUUAGGACGACGUCGCCUCGUUACAGGCAGCUUUGCAAUUUGGUAGACUUCGGCAGACUUCGGCCAUCCUCGUCAAUCCCCGCCAACCACCAUCACCGACGAGAGCCAAGUUCCUUCCUCCGAAGCAAGCAAAGACUGUUUAACGUAUAUAGUUUAUGUAUAAGUUGUUGAAAAAAGUUACAAAAAUCACAAGAAAAAAUGUAUACUGUAGAAGAUAAGUUAGAUGUUAGUGCUAGUAGUUCUAGCAGUAGUGCUGGGAUAGGUCCCACACUUAGCGUUGCGCGUCCCUCCCCUGCGCAGUCGAACACCGAUGUAUCAAAAUAUGCAGAGGAACUGAUCAAAGACCCAACAGUCCUCCGCAGUGCGACUAGCAUCAGCAAGAUGUUCAAAGGUGGCUCCAAAAACAACGUCACCACCAUUUUUGCGAAAAACCUAAUCGAAUCCGCCACUUCAGACCUGCAGAUUGAAAUCGAAUCUUGCUCGUCUAUGUCGAGCGGCAGCUGUGAGUCAGGUGUGGACAUGAUGGACUCUGUUCUUAAUAUAACCGGACUCAUCCAAGCCGAGAAGACCCGAAUCAAGGGCGAGUGCUCAAGGGAAGACCUCGGUCUCCUCUCGCAGAUCACGAAGUUUAAGCCGAUCUCUCGCGAAACGACCGAGACCCACCAGAGGGGGAGCACACACGAGCUCGUGCACAGGCGCGACUCCAAGGGUGCAGCAACAGAGCAUCUCCACAAAAGCCAGUCGAUAACUACGAUGGCCGAUGUGAGACAGGGGAAGAUCCGAACAGCGUCUGGGAAGACGCUUCGGAUCAGAUGCUCCAAGACGAACGAAAUCCUCCGCCAGAAGAUGAUUUAUAACGCCAGACAGGAGUUGGCCCCUCCGAAAAAGAAGAAGUUCAAAACGAUCGCUAAGGCGGUCGCCUGGACCGUGAGAAACAGAUUGGCGUUCAUGAAGGGCGAUGCCCCCAAAACCAAGGAACAGGAGGACGAGGAGAAGAUACAGAAGCUGGCAAAGAUAUUCACCACAAACGUCAUCAAAGGCGCAGUCAAGAAGUAUGAGUUGGAAGAAAGGCAGGAGGCCAUAAGACAAGAAAGGCGUCGUCGAGCCAACCGCAGAAAAUUCACAACCACCCCAAACUUCUUUGGCGAGCUGGAGGACUUUCCUGACCCUAGGCCGUGGGUUAAGAAGUUCGAUAAGAACCACAACCCGAACAACAAGGCGCUGACAUACUGGGUCCGAGAGAUCCAAAGGCAGGAAAAGGAGCACGAGUUAGGCCCGCCCCCACCCGGCCUGGACCUGCCCUGCAGCAACCUCUCCCUAAGGCACUCCAAACACUCUGACCUCAAGUUGGCAUGUCAUGCGGAGACCGAAGAGGACGAACCUACCUUCAGCGGGCGAAAGAAUUCAAGCAUUUACUUCGCAGGCAUCACUAAGAUUGGUGACUCAGACGAUCCGCAAGUCCACGAAGAAGAUAAGCUUGGUAUGGCUGUUGGAGGGGCACCAGCUGAGAAAGAGGCACCUGGUGCAAGCCUCACACCUAAGCCCCUACUGAAGCCCUCGGAAAAGACGGACUCCCCGCAAACAGGGAACGCGAGCAAGCCAGAUUAUCUUGGCGGGAAAUCUGGCGGCUCUAACGUCACCCGAGAGGCAAAGGGAGCUGGUAUGACAGGGCUCUUCCCGGCAAACAAUGUCCCCUCCGGAAAGAAGUCUCCUCAAUCAGGCGGAAUCCUUAAGGUGAAGGACGACAAGAAAAAAGGUGUAAUGAGUUCUGUCCAGAAGGACCAGGGUAGUGAGAUGUCCCCUGCGCUCACCAAUGAGACACGUACACAAGCCAGGAAGUCCUCAAGCCUGGACGCAGACGCUCUCGGCUCGUCCACCGUUGAUGAGCCCGUGCCCAUCUGGACAAAGGCCCCUAAGGAGAAAAAGUCGUGGACCACUCAAGACAAACCACGAGACAUGACCGACCCUAGAGUCGAUGCCCCUUAUAUGUUGCGCUCUUUGACCGAAGUCCGGCCAGAUAAAAGCGUGGAAGGGAUGGAAGAGCCUCCCCCUGCACCAAGAAGUUCCGAGUGCCUCAUUAAGGGCAUGGAAGGCCUGGCGUCUGCAUCUGGGUCCUCUGGGGGGACACCUGAGACAGAGCCUGCCCAAACCAAGAGAGGUGCUAGAGUCAGAUCCACGGCUGUGGCAGACUCAGUUGUAUCCUACGGUGCAGAGGCCAGAGUCAAGAUAGCCGUUCAGAAAAUAACGGUUUCCGUGACUGAGGGACUGAUGGCAAACAACCGUUCCCUCCGCAUUCUGAACCGCGCUGUCUCGAUCAUCAACCCCGUGGUGGUAGCGACAGAGGCAGAGCUCUUUAACCCAACACUUCUUGGCGAACUGGUCCAUCAAGUUAACCAGACGUACAGCACGAUGGAGGCAGCCACACUGGGGCUUACAAUGUUCUUUGUUGAAAUCUUGUCGGGUGUCCUGGCAAGAGCAGCAAACUUGAUGCCUCUCAUAGGCGCCACAGAAGAAGGCGGCCUGCCUGUACUCCCCUCAAACGCUCCUGUCGACAGGACAGACACGGCAGCGUCGACUGGAAACCGCCUGUUGGCGAUCAGAGUUUCCCCACCGCCCUCUGUGUCUGGCAUGGAUGAUCAAAACGCUACAGACGCACAGCCACGCAGUGAAAGGCAGACGACCAAACUGUCCAAGGGACGUUAUCCAGUCCGGGAACAAUCGCCAGGAAUAAAGAAUAUGAUGCCGACAGCUAGUAUGCCACGAAAAGCAAGCAUUCCCUGUAUGAAAAGAGACCCAUUAAGGCCCCACACUGCGGCGGAGAGUGGAAAGUCAGAGAAGCCAGGCAGCAAACAAGGGGCUAAGGUGGAGUCUGACAAAAAACGCUCUCCUCCAAAGUCACAGAAAUCUGACGGGCAUGAAGAGCCAGAAGGCACAAUCUGGAAAGUGCCAGACCGUCGAAGGCGCUCUAGUCUCCACCCAGAAGUGGUCGAAGACCUAAAGAACACGCUCCAACAUCGCGGGGAAGAUCGUCAGGAAAAGAAACAGACCCUGCACUUCAACUCUCAGUCGAGUGCCAUGUCACAGAAGAGCACUGUGACCAAAUACGGGAAAGGCAAGAAGAAAGACACUACUUCUCUGGAGUCUAGUCAGGCGGUGAGGAAGACAGCACUUGCGUUCACCCCUCCGCCUCCUCCUCCCCCACUGCCAGGCUGUCUCCCAGGAGGCAGUGCGCCAGCACAGGCCACUCCUGUUGUAUACACGACACAAACGGCAGAGGUGGGACAGCGCGCCACCGUCAGCUCCCGGGAGCAAGAUGGCACAGAGAUCUCUACGGAGACUGCUACAAUGGCAACCAUGGUGGAGGCCCAGUUCGCUGCACCGCCGGCAGCUCCCCCUCUUCCUCCCCCUGACUACUAUCUGUCGGGCGGCGACAAGUCGGACGACAAGACACCGAAGGCACAGGCACUGCUGCAGGAAGCUGCAAUGGUGUACGUUCCGCCGCAGUUCUUGGCUCGGUUUCAGAGCAAGGAAUUCAGACACGUAGAGUUCCACCCCUCCCCACGAAGCAGCGUCACCAGCAGUGUGGCGGGAAGUGAUGUCGGCAGUGUACGAUCUUCCCGCGCAACUUCGCCCACAGGCACCCCUCGAAGCUCUAGUCCUGUUGGCAGGGACCACACAAGCCAAGGGGUCCAAAGCACGGCCCUUGCAUCAGCCUUGCGUGAUGUUGCAGAGAGCAGGGAUACAGCACAUGGCAUGAUGCAAACUCAAAGGGACAGUCUUGCCUUCCGACUGCAGUCCCAGGCGACGCAGCUGAAGCACUCCACCACCGUGAGGAGAAAGACGUCUACAGGGGAGACGGAAGACACGGCCGAGGCAUCAUACAUGGUCGCCACAGUUCAGACCAACAGAAUCCCGUCACCGCCGCCCCUGCCGUCCUUUGGCCUGGGUUUAUUAUCUGCACACCCAGUGUCGGCCAUGCCUCCUCUAUCACCGGUGACGCUGGGCCAAGUCUUGCAUAAUGCAAUAGGAAGAAGGGACCACGCGGUGCCCGGGCAUAUGCAGUCCGGCUCACCUGGAAACGACAGCUUGUCCUUCCGGCUUCAGUCCCAGGCAACCAAGCUGAAACACUCCACCACUGUGAGGAGGAAGACGUCUACAGGGGAGACUGAGGAUACAGCAGAGGCAUCGCAAGUGGUCGCGGCUGUCCAGGCUGAGCAUAUCCCAACGCCGUCGCUGCCGGCUUUUGGUCUCGGUGCACAUGCUCAGAUAACGCCACCGGCUGAACUGGCAAUUCCCGGUUCUGUGCCAACUAUGGGUCUGCUGUCACACCGCCCUACCGCACCUGGCUUGCCUAUGCCACAGCUUGGUGGACUGACUGGUCCCAGCCUUUCUGGAGGCACAGCCAUGCACCACACAUCUACGUCAGCCAAGGUGACACAAAAGACGAGUGUCAAAAAGGGUGACGAAACUGUGGAAAACGUUGCAGAAGCCAGCCAAGCCAUGGCAACUACGGAAGUUGCGCAGAUCCCUCCGCCGCCGCCGCUCCCAACUCCGGAACAGCUGAGACGGCCGAGUCUUCCACGAGCCACACCACACCUGAUGGUGCAUGGGGCAGGAUUCGGACGAGUCCCCUCGCCCCCGACUUUGCCGCCAAUGGACCUACUGAUGGCCGGAAUCUCAGGGGGAUUCGGACGAGUCCCCUCGCCCCCGGCUUUGCCGCCUAUGGACCUACUAAUGGCCGGAAUCUCAGGUGGAUUCGGACGAGUCCCCUCGCCUCCGGCUUUGCCGCCUAUGGAGCUACUGAUGGCCGGAAUCUCAGGUGGAUUCGGACGGCCUCAGCCAAACAUGGCUCUACAGUUAGCAGGACCAUCGGUUCUGACAGUGCCUCAUCCCUCGCUUUUGUCUCAUGGCCAUGGACAAGGCGGUGGUACGUUUAUGAGGAGCACUACUGCUUCCAACAAAAUGACGCACAAGACUAAGGUCACAAAGGGCGAUGAAACGGUAGAAAAUGUGGCAGAGGCCAGCAAUACCGUUGGUACAAUGGAGGUUGGCCAUAUCCCUGAACCGCCACCACUCCCAACGCCAGAGCAGCUGAGGCGCCCAAGUCUUCCACCUGCUGCGCCACAGCUUAACAUGCCGCUACAAAUGGCAGGACCUUCAGCUCUGGCAACCCCAAAGUACCCACCUUCUUUGAUGUCUCCAGGCCAGGGACACGGCGGUGGUACUUUUAUGCGGAGCACUACUGCCUCCAACAAAAUGACGCACAAGACUAAGGUCACGAAGGGAGAUGAAAUGGUAGAAAAUGUGGCAGAGGCCAGCGAAACCGUGGGUACAAAGGAGUUUGGCCAUAUCCCUGAGCCGCCACCACUCCCAACCCCAGAGCAGCUGAGGCGCCCAAGUCUUCCACAAGCCACGCCAAACCUAAUGAUGAAUGGGGCAGGAUUCGGACGAGUCCCCUCGCCCCCGGCUUUACCGCCUAUGGACCUACUGAUGGCCGGAAUCUCAGGGGGAUUCGGACGAGUCCCCUCGCCCCCGGCUUUGCCGCCUAUGGAGCUACUGAUGGCCGGAAUCUCAGGUGGAUUCGGACGAGUCCCCUCGCCCCCGGCUUUACCGCCUAUGGAGCUACUGAUGGCCGGAAUCUCAGGUGGAUUCGGACGGCCUCAGCCAAACAUGGCUCUACAGUUAGCAGGACCAUCGGCUCUGUCAGUGCCUCAGCCCUCACUUUUGUCCCAUGGGCAUGGACAAGGCGGUGGUACGUUUAUGAGGAGUACUACUGCUUCCAACAAAAUGACGCACAAGACUAAGGUCACAAAGGGCAAUGAAACGGUAGAAAAUGUGGCAGAGGCCAGCAAUACCGUUGGUACAAUGGAGGUUGGCCAUAUCCCUGAACCACCACCACUCCCAACUCCAGAGCAGCUGAGGCGCCCAAGUCUUCCACCUGCGGCGCCACAGCUUAACAUGGCGCUUCAAAUGGCAGGACCUUCAGCUCUAGCAACCCCUCAGUACCCGCCUUCUUUGAUGUGUCCAGGCCAGGGACAAGGUGGUGGUGCGUUUAUGAGGAGUACUACUGCUUCCAACAAAAUGACGCACAAGACUAAGGUCACAAAGGGAGAUGAAUCAGUAGAAGAUGUGGCAGAGGCCAGCGAGACCGUGGGUACAAUGGAAUUUGGCCAUAUCCCUGAGCCGCCACCGCUCCCAACCCCAGAGCAGCUGAGGCGCCCAAGUCUUUCACGAGCCACACCACACCUAAUGAUGCAUGGGGCAGGAUUCGAACUAGUCCCUUCGCCCCCGGCUUUGCCGCCUAUGGAGCUACUGAUGGCCGGAAUAACAGAUAUAUCCGGACGGGUUCCGUCUCCUCCUGCGCUGCCGACGAUGGAGUUUCUGAUGUCUGAAAUCAGAUAUACAUCUAGACAAGUCCCCAAUCCUCCUGCUUUACCAACAAUGGAGUUUCUGAUGUCCGGAAUCUCAGGAUUCCCGGAGCGAGAUGCCUCCCAGGCGUCGCCGCGGCCACUUUUGGAUCUGGUCGGCUCCGGGGCCAUGCAGCCGGUACCAGAUCCAAACCGACAGUACACCGUCAUGUCGAUGUACGCCGCGCAGGAAUCCACCUUGUCUCAGAAGAGAACCGUCACCCAUCGUGACGAGGGCACAGAACACAGCACGGCAGAGGAGUUCAGCAUCGGGACAAAAGCAGCCGUGCUGCACACUAACAUCCCGGAACCACCUCUACUGCCAAGGCUUACUGAGUAUUUUGUCCAAAAGCCUUAUGACCAUCCCCAGGACACGUUUAAACACCAGAUAACACAGACAGUAGACAGGUUCUUUCGUCGAAGGGAAUUGUCCAUAAAGCUCCAUCAGGACAAGGAGGAUGUCACAGAUUUUCUCCUCGGGCUCGAGGAAGACAAGUCACAGAUUUCGCCGGAGAAACUCGAGGAGGUGAGAGCAGAGGCAAAUGAAGAGCUCGCGAUAAUAAACACCAGUAUCUCCGAACUGCUGAUGACGACAUCAUUAAUGAAUGUGGUCGAAGACUCAGGGUCCCAGUGCUCUGAAGAAUCACUAGAGCCAGGCGUGGUAGUGUCGGCUGAUGACUACCAGACGGCUACAGAGUGGAUAAAAUCGGACAGUAAAUUGACCAUCAAUCUGGAACGCCCAUUCUUGCAUGAGCUGCAAGGGGCAGAACAACACCAACUCUCACUUUGCAACCACACUGACCACGGUGAAAGCGCUUGGUACCAGUGCGACAACAACUACCAGGUUGUGCAUGGGGAGGAUACCCCCUGCUGCAUGAUAGACCACGCCCACCACUGGACGUACGAGCCCACCAGAUUCAAGUGCGGGAGUUGCAACGAGCCCCUGCUUAUAAAAUACCAUAUAGAAACUGACAGUGAGGAUGACGACGAGAAGGAUGAGGGGCACAAAAAAGUCCCCGUGCCUAUAUGCAACACCAAAAAGCACGGCCAUGAGCAUACAUGGACGUACCGCGCCAUAAGAAUGACAUGCAAACAAUGCCAUGUGACGAUGGUGAUGAAAAUGCACCUAGAGAGUGACGACGAAGAUAAAGUACCCGUUCAGAGGUCGGUUCCAAUCCACCAUAGGGCACCGCGGAAAAAUCCCCGCACCCACACCUGUAGGAUACAGUCCCGUUCGGAAGACAGCGCCUCACAGAUUCCACUGGUCCGGAAACCAAGUCAAACCAGCGAAAGGAAGUAUCCGUACAGACAGCCAGGCGAGAAAGCCUAUUCCAGCGGCAAAGAAAGGCCCUCACGGAGCCUGCCCAAACCAAAGGUUGUCGUGACUCCAGAGAUGCGGCCUCAGCCAGCGUCUGGGACGGAGUUGGCAUCAGGAAUGGCGAAGGAUCAGUCGUCCGCAGCCCAGGGUCGAACUUCCCUAAAAAACGUGUACAUACAGACAGCAGGUGGUUCAACAAGUCCACCUGGAUCUGCGGCUGGAAAAACUGGCAAGCAGUCAGCGAAGGGCUCGGCUGAGCCAGCAGCUAAAACACAGAAGGACACUGUGAAGGGCGGAAAGGCAGGUAUGAUGCGCAAAGAGUAUUCCAAGAAAGUUUGGGACGCCCUUGUUGGCGACGUCAAUGAAAGCAGAAGCUCCAAGGCGCAAGCCACCCCGUCCAAGUAUGCUAAAAAGCCUGAUUCAGCAUCUAAGGAUGCUGCAACAAAGAGGUCCGGUCCCAAAGCUUUCACUAAAAAGGACAUGUCAUCCAAAUUAAAGGGGUCACAAGAAGCAGGAGCCUCGGGCACUCCUAAGAAGGUCGUGGUAACGUCCAAGGACUUACCUUCUAAACCCACGGCAUCCACCAAAGUAGCAAGUACAUCGAGCACCGCCAAAUCUUCACCACCUUCUAAGGAAGCAAAUCCUCCAGUCACAGGUCCGGACAGAUCUGGACAGACAAAAGAGUCCACACAGGACAAGAAAGAAAAGCCAAGUCUUGAAGCUUCACAGAAAGGAGCAAUCGUGCCGAAAGCUGGACCGUCCGGAGACCAGACCGCAAAAUCAGCGCCUACAAAAAUCUCGCAAGCGACAAAAGGCGUAGAUGUUAAGGGGGAAACUCCCAUUAUGAGGACUACUGCACUGUCGCCAAGGCGUGCAGACAUGCAAUCAACGGAAAAGAACUCUCUCAAAGAAACAGCGCCUUUGCUCUCGAAAAUUCCACGACCGGUUCAAGACACGACUGUUAAACGAAAAGAUCCCACGAUGAGGACAACAGCAUUGUCACCAAGGCGCACAGGCAUACGGGCAACAGACAAACCUGUCAAACAGACCUCACUAUUGCCUACGAAGAUUCCGCAACCAACUCAAGGCAAUGCUGUUAGGCGGAAAGUUCCCACGAUGGGGACGGAAGCAUUGUCACCAAGGUGCACAGACAUACAGGCAACAGACAAAUCUGUCAAACAGACCUCACUAUCCCCGAUGAAGAUUCAACAACCGUCUAAAGACACUGCUGUUAAGCGGAACACCCCCGUGAUGGACAGGACUCCAGUGUCACAAUGGCACACAGGAGCGUCUCAAGGAGUCCCACCCAAAUCUGAGCCCAUGAAGACUAUACAGUCAGCCAAGGACUCUGCCGACAGGCCAAGGACUCCCCGUAUGGAGUCAACAGCACAGACGGCUGGACCGCCAAUAGUCCAGACCGGACCUACAGCAGAACCUCCAAACGCUGAACAAUCCUCCGAGCCAGACACUUCUGAGCAUCAGCGUCCAUACGGCUGGGUGUCGUCUGGCAUAAAGAAGUAUAAUGAUGACGAAAGGGCACGGCUGGAUGCGGAGGUUAACCACUACUGGGGUAGCAAGUUCUCCAGAGAUCGUGAAAAGCCAUGGUGGAAUAUUGAGGAUCCAGAAGAACGUGAGAGAGCACGGCUUCGCCAGGACCGGUCUCACACAAACAUCCGGCGGGCUGAAUCGUCAGGCAGGGAGCCCGGUGCAACCUCUGCCUCCUACAAGCCACCUGACAUCGAGAAACAAGUGAAGUAUGAUGUCGACCGAUCACCGGUGAUGUUACCCGGUCACUUCGGGGCGUCAACGGGCUCCCAGUCCAGACCGAGCAUGCCGGGCACGGGCUUAGUACCGAAGAAACUGGACAUAGAAGUCUUCGACUCGUCAGUAGAUAGCGAAGAUGAGAUAGACUUGGACAAACCCGUCUCAGUGGAGGAUCUGAAAGAUGACAAGUAUUGGAAAGCCUUGGAGAAGAAGGCGUACACCGUGGUGAAGAAAAGUAUGGAACAACUGGAGACUGUAGAGGAGUGCUCUGCCAAGGACGAGACACCGGUGCAGGAAGCUUCGUCGACACUGAAGAAACCUUCCAAGUUCUCUCAAAUGUUCCAGUCAAGGAAAGAAAAGGAGAGGAAAAGAGAGAGGGAGGCCAGAGAAAGGGCCAUGGAGGAAGCGGGAAAGGGGGAAGAGACGUUCCCGCACAAGUCAGACCCCCCGACCGCAAAACCGUUCUAUGGUCCACCGCUUCCCCCGGAGAUGCAGAAAAAUACUCCGGAGAAGAAGAAAAAGGACUUGACAAAAAAUGGGCACCAGGGGAAGCCUACACUGGCUGCUAGUAAAGAAAAAGAGGAAAAACCAACCAAAUCUGAGCCCAUGAAGACUGUACAGUCAGCCAAGGACGCUGACGACAGGCCAAGGACUCCCCGUAUGGAGUCAACAGCACAGACGGCUGGACCGCCAAUAGUCCAGACCGGACUUACAGCAGAACCUCCAAACGCUGAACAAUCCUCCGAGCCAGACACUUCUGAGCAUCAGCGUCCAUACAGCUGGGUGUCGUCGGGGAUAAAGAAGUAUAAUGAUGACGAAAGGGCACGGCUGGAUGCGGAGGUUAACUACUACUGGGGUAGCAAGUUCUCCAGAGAUCGUGAAAAGCCAUGGUGGAAUAUUGAGGAUCCAGAAGAACGUGAGAGAGCACGGCUUCGCCAGGACCGGUCUCACACAAACAUCCGGCGGGCUGAAUCGUCAGGCAGGGAGCUUGGUGCGACCUCUGCCUCCUACAAGCCACCUGGCAUCGAGAAACAAGUGAAGUAUGAUGUCGACCGAUCACCGGUGAUGUUACCCGGUCACUUCGGGGCGUCAACGGGCGUCCGGUCCAGACCGAGCAUGCCGGGCACGGGCUUAGUACCGAAGAAACUGGACAUGGAAGUCUUCGACUCGUCAGAAGACAGCGAAGAUGAGAUAGACUUGGACAAACCCGUCUCAGCGGAGGAUCUGAAAGACGACGAAUAUUGGAAAGCCUUGGAGAAGAAGGCGUACACCAUGGUGAAGAAAAGUAUGGAACAACUGGAGACUGUAGAGGAGUGCUCUGCCAAGGACGAGACACCGGUGCAGGAAGCUUCGUCGACAGUGAAAAAACCUUUCAAGUUCUCUCAAAUGUUCCAGUCAAGGAAAGAAAAGGAGAGGAAAAGAGAGAGAGAGGCCAGAGAAAGGGCCAUGGAGGAAGCGGGAAAGGGGGAAGAGACGUUCCCGCACAAGUCGGACCCCCCGACCGAAAAAACGUUCUAUGGUCCACCGCUUCCCCCGGAGAUGCAGAAAAAUACUUCGGAGAAGAAGAAAAAGGACUUGUCAAGCCGGGGGCACCAGGGGAAGCCUACGCUGGCUGCUAGUAAAGCAAAAGAGGAAGAACCAAGCACUUCUAAGAAAUCUGGCGGCACACUCACCCCAACUAAGCUUGUCCGCAAAAUGAAGGUUGGCGUCAAUAAGGUCAAAAAUUCGAUUGAAUCUAAGCUAUCAGGAGAAGAGAGCGACUCAAUGUCGAAUGAUUUGUCGACAUAAAUAUAUUAUUGGCGAGGCAAAAAAAUCUAUGUGUUUGUUACUCACGUUUGAUGUUUGGAAUAGAAUAUCAGAAACACAUUGAACAUAAAAAAAUGAAAGCGAUGCAUACUUGAAGCCACGAUGAAAAAGGAAAAUGAAGGAAUCAAGUGCAUCUUAGGUCGCAAAGACCUUAUAGCAACUGCGCAGCAAGGGGACGCAAUUUAAGCAGU